CUAUAAAAACUCUAGAAAAUCACAGCAAGAGAUACAGUUCAAAAUUGUCUAACAAUAGUAAAGACCAAAGGAAUAACUCAUAUUCAAAAUGGAUUUCAACACUGCCUGCGAAAAAGCCAAAGCCUUCACCAAGAAACCCACCAAUGAGGAAUUUUUGGAAUUCUAUGGUCUCUAUAAACAAGCCACUGUAGGUGAUUGCAACAUUGCCAAACCUGGUGUAACCGAUUUGACUGCCAAAGCUAAAUAUGAUGCCUGGGUAAGACAUCAGGGUAUGUCUCAGGAGGCCGCCCAACAGGCCUAUAUUGCUGUCUAUCAGAAAUAUGCUCCCAAAUAUGCUUAAAAUUUCAACUCUUUUUAAUGAAAAAAAUUUAAUAAAUUGUUUAAAAAUUAUUACUACAAAAA